UUCAUUUUUUCAUUGUGUACACAAUUUUGUGAUUAGAAGAGUAGAAAAGUGUUGAACCUUCACCUUCUACUCUGUCCCAGUCCUUUGGAAUCUGAAGGCCAGAGUGUGAUUUGGCAAUGUCCGUUAUUUCAUCUUCUGGAGGGUCAUCCAGUAUUCCCAAGAAAUCAUGGCAACCAAGUCAUGUCACAAUUGAUACCUCGAUGGGAACAAUUGUGGUGGAGUUGUAUUGGAAGCAUGCCCCAAACACCUGCCGGAACUUUGCAGAGCUGGCGAGAAGAGGUUACUACAAUGGAGUCAAGUUUCACAGAAUUAUCAAAGACUUCAUGAUUCAAGGCGGUGACCCCACUGGCACAGGUCGAGGUGGAGCUUCCAUAUACGGCAAGUUCUUUGAGGAUGAAUUCACAGAAGACUUAAAGCACACAGGUGCUGGCAUUCUGUCAAUGGCAAACAGCGGACCCUGUUCUAACGGAAGUCAGUUUUUCUUCACGUUGGCUCCCACCCAAUGGCUUGACGGAAAGCACACAAUUUUUGGCCGCGUGAGCGGCGGGAUAUUGGUGGUGCAGAGGAUCGGCAUGGUGGAGACGGACGAAACUGAUCGGCCUGUGGACUCCAUCAAGAUCAUCAAGGCCUACAUCACCCCCACGUGAUGCUCACACUCGCACGCUCAUUCAUUGUCAUUGUUGCUGAUCAUUUUUAUCAUUGUGUUCCAAUAAACUACAACGCAUUGCAAA